AUGGGGAAGCUAAAGGCACCGGAUGCAAUUGUAAAAGAUGUUUUGUUGGGACUGGCCACUGCCGAGUUUGAUGGGAUCAAGGCAACGGAGUUUUGGGGUUUUGUGUCCAACCUAUGUGAUGGUGUUCAGCUUGAUGAAUUUAUAAAAAACAUUGUAUGGAACUGGCUUCUCCUAGAGAAGGAUUUCCAAGUAAUGAGGCCGGCCACCAAGAAGGAGGCAAGUAAGCUGCAGGCACAUUCGAAGACUAAAAAAAACGAUUCGGUGCUGAUGGUUCCAGAUGAUAAGGAAACCUUACCGGAUUUUCAAUCUUUCUUUUCUGAUGAGAACAUUUCGGAUUAUAAAAUUAAGGUGACUGAUGAUUACCAGUCUCUCUAUCUUACAGGUGUUUUGAAAAAGGACAACAUUUUGGGUAAAAUGCCUUAUGACUUGUUGAGAAUUAUUGCGAAACAUAAAGAAAAAGGUAUAAAUUCUAUCGACCUAAUUAAUGAGGCUAAGCAAGAUAAUCGUUCAUUGACAGCCAGGUUACAAACUUUAGAAGACAACUUGUAUAUUCAAAAACAUGCAGUGAUUAGCAACAGGUCAAGUACGAACCACAUGUUUCACUUCAGAUUCAUCCAACAGGAAAAUGAUAACGAUGCAAUCAAAUCUAAGAAUCUUGAUAGCCAUGAGAGGUUGGAACUUGUUUUGGCCUUAAUACAAAUUAUGAGAGAAGAUGAAACAAAAAUUAGGCUUACUAGGGAUUUAUAUGAAGAAAUUGUACAAAUACACCCUAAUAUGAAAGCUCGUUAUUUCAGCUCAGCUGUCCGUUUUUUGGUCGAACGUGAGUAUCUUCAGUUGGUCAAGGUCCGUGAUGGUAAUUCUAAAAAACAAUUUCCUGCCUUGAGAGUGGCCAAGGAAUUACCCUCGGUAAAUAAUAGAAAUGAGUUACGUGAGCAAAUUAAGAUGCAAAAAAAUGAUGAUGAUGAAAUUAAUAGCGUUCUUGCUGAUGACUUUGAAAAUUCAAAAUAUGAACAACCAAUGUUUAAUAGGUUUUUCCCCAUAGUGACUCAAAUAUAUAAUCUGAUUGAGAAAAAUCCUGGGGUCACUGCUUCAGUAAUAGCAUCAAAGUUAACUGGUGCUUAUCAUGCUAAACAGAUCAACACACAUCUUGAAAGUAUAACAACUGUUCAUCCUAUCCCUCAAAAUGAAAGAGCAGUUAUUGGACAUCUCAAUUAUUCGGGUAAAGAAAGGUAUUACAGAUUUACCAUCCAACAUCUAUUAAAUAGGAGGGAUCCAGCUUACAGGUCGAUGGUCCCUGAAAAAGAAACUGUAACUCCUCUAUCGUGUUCUUCUACUCUUUUUGAAGAAUCUAUCAAGUAUGGUGCCGUUGCACCUGUGGAGAGGCAUCUCAAGGUGCUGUCCUUUGUGAAUGGAGAUUCUGAAAAGUUAGUAUUUAUACCUCGAGGUUACCCAGGUAAGAUGGGUAUGAAAAUGACACAUAAUGGUUUGUCCAAAGCCAUGUAUCCCCAGGAAGUAGAAUCACAAAAUGGAUGGAUCCGCUUAUCCGUCAAAGGUAAAGUAUGCAAGACUUUGAAGAAGGACAUUGCGCCAUACAAAAAAAUCAAUGAGGCUUUUAAAAAAAUAGUUGAGGACUAUAACAAAAGGAUAAAUCAACAACAUGAAAUAAAUCUUGCAAUAGAUCCUAAUUUUAUGGAAAAAAGUAGUGUGAAAAAUGUCAAACCUCCAUUUUUUUCUAGAGGAGAUUCCGCCGAACCAAAUAUAGGAUCCAUGAAUGGAGAGAAGGAAUCACAAAAAAUGGAUUAUGGACCUGUUUUCCGAAGGAAAAAACUUUUGGAUGUCGUGGAUAAAAGGAAAGUUGUUGGUAUUUCAGCUGAGUUUUGUAGCUACAUUUCUGAAUUAAUGAAGCUAGACUAUAAAAUUGACCGUAGAACAUUGGUGAGAGAUGCUUUGGAAUUGGAAAAAAAGAACCAAGUAGAGUGUGAGCAACAGACACACGGUAAUCUCAAGAGAUUUCUUAUCAAGUCUAUGAAAAACAAGCCAACAGUGGAGGAUGUCAACCAAUUAAUGGGUGAACUAUCCAAUUCAAAUCGUGAGUACCGCCCAAGGAUAUUUCAAGAUCAAGUUCUUGCUAAUGAUGCCUCAGUGAAAAGUAAAUAUUUAACUGAUCUAAUCAAUUCUGCACAAGAAUUACGUUUAAAGAAGGCCAAGAAGAAACUUCAACAAACAAUAGAACGUCCUAAUUUGUCCCGAAAAGCUAAAAUUAUAGGUGCAAAACGUUUGCUUACCGUUUUGGACGAUACUGAUAUCAUGGAAGAUCAAAGUGAUGAAGAAUAUGAUGAGCAAAAUCAAGGCAAGGCCCUGAAAGAGGAAAGUGAAUCAAAACCUUUGAGAGGUAGACUGAAAGAUGAUAAUGAAGAUAUUUUAACACCACUAAUGGAUAAAAGAAAACGGAAGAAAUUUAAGUCUAGUAAUAAAUAUCAAUCAAGGGUUGUCAAAGCAUUCAAAAAGAUUCGUUCUUCCAUUAAGAUUACGAAUGACCAUAUUCUUAUAUUGAUCAAGGCUAUUGUUGUUACUCAGUCCUUGUCCAUUGGUGGUAAUAUAGACUGGCCAAAAGUAGCUAAAGUUCUGGAUGAUUUAUAUGAUCCAGAUAUGCUAAGAAGGCAAUGGCCAAAGUACCGGAAAAUGUUAGGCCCGAAAAAUUUGAUGCUUGCAAAAAAAAACUGGGAGAAGGCCUUGUUAAAAGCUGUAGGUGAUGGUCUUAUAACAUGCCAAGAUUUGGAUAAAUAUGAUAUUUUCAGAAUGUUGGAUAUAUGGAAAAGUGAAGGUGCUGGAAUUUUCCUUGAUAAUUCUGAACACAAUAUAUUAGCUAAUUAUGAAGAAAACUUUAAAAACCAUUGUUUCAAGCCACUGAAAAGCAGCAUUGACUCUUCCAUAAUAAAAGAAACUACCACUUUGAUCGAAAGGGAGCAUGAAUGGCUGACUAGAAAUUUUAUGUAUUCGGUUAACAAUGUGGAAGAACAGGAAAUAUAUAAUGAAAGUAUCUAUCCAACGGACUUACAGGUUGCAAAGACUAAACUAAAAGCUCUAUUUUCAACCAGCUCAGAUAAAUUUGAUUCGAACAAAGUUCGUGAUUUGUUUGCUGGAAUUCCAAAAGAGUUGUAUUCACAAGCGUUGACUGAGCUUGAAGACAUGAAAGCAAUAGCGUUUCUUGGUGAGGACUCGAAAAUCAAAUUUAUGCUAACUGAGAGAUUCUUAAUUCAAAUGGAUUGCAAAUUAGAAGACAGUUUUAUUCCAAGCAGUAAUCGAAUGGUAGAAGUCUUAAAAGACACAAACCAGCUAAAUAACGGGCUUCUCCUAUCACCUAAAUGCCCUAACGGUGCUUAUGUUCCAAUAUUCUCCUUCUAUGCAGAGGGAAAUCUUAAGGUUAUCAGAGUUGACCAAGAGAUGACAAAUCUGGAAACAUAUUCUACAAAAGCACUUGAUCGGGGUAAACUUGAAUCUGAUUUUAUUCUUUCAGGUAUCAAUGAAGAUGCAAUUACGCAUGCCAAAAUUAUUCCACCCCCUAUGGGUAAGCCGUGCUCUCUGCUCUGGAUAGAUAUCAACGGAGAUUUUAAUCAUAAACUAUGGCGCAAAUGUCUGUAUUUGCUAUUAUGGAGAAUCGUUAUAAAUCCGGGCAUACCAUUGAAAGUGUUAUAUUUUAGGGUAUACCCUAUGCUUGAGGUGUUUGAAGUUCGCAAAAUUUUGGAAUGGCUGAUCCAGCGUAAGAAUAUCAUGGAGGGUGAAUUCGGUGGAUAUUGGCCGACAGAAUGUUGGUAUGAUGUUCUUUAA